GCAUUGACACUGAAAGUGCUCUGAUUUCCUUGCUCUGUAACAUUUGCUUCUGUUUAUGACGGAAUCUCCCACUGAGGGAGCAGACAGAGGAUGACACUAGUAAUUGUGCUUAAAGGAAAAACAGGAGUAGCUUGACAAUAGGGUUAUCAAAUGAUAAAUUCUCUAUGUGAUCUCCAUUUGUGGGCUCAGCAUAGAGAAAUUUUAAUUAUGCGAGGGUUCAUUCUGCCUCAGAUUUCCUCUGUCAUACUUUUGUAAUAUUUCUGCCACCAAGCAGUCAUCAUCCAUCUGUUUUGUCUUUUUAUUCACAAGAACCAUUACAUAUGACAAAAAAUGUCCAACUUUAUAAAAUUGAAAUGAACUUUCAAGUACAGUCUUAUACUGUCAGUGUCCUCUUUCGGUGGAUCUUGUUCUCGAUGUUCUUAGAAUCACACUCUGUGCAGGAGAGAAAGCCCCCAACUGCAAGCCACGAAUCUCACCUCUCUUUUCUGUGAAUUCUGAGUAAUUACACAACCAGGUUUUCCUUGCCUAUCUAUGUCUUCUGCUAGUCUUUUUCUUUAACAAUUUUAAAGUUUUAUUUUAUAUGUAUGUGUUUUACCUGGAUGUGUCUAAUAUCCACCCAGGUCAGGAAGGGGUGCUGGAUCCCUCAGAACUGUAGUUCAACAUGCUUGUGAGGCACUGUGUUGGGUGCUGGAACCAAGUCUGGCUCUUCUGAAAGAGCAGUAAGUGUUUUUUAAGUGCUUCACCAUCUCUACAAUCCCAGCACUUACCUCUUUAAAGAUUUAAUCUUUGCAUUACAUGUUUGAAUAAAGUCUCCUUAGAAUGUCCUAUAUAUGAGCCGUUGAGCUAGAUGUUCUAUAAGCCCCUGCUUGAGAAGUUAGACCAGUACAAAAGAACUCACUCUUUUUUUUUUUUUAAGUGCCGAGCAUAUUCAGGAAAGACUAUCAUGAGAGGAGGUUGGGCAAGCCCAGUGGACUCAGGGGUAACUUUUCUUAAAUCAUAAUUUCAUAGUUACUCUUCAUGAGGAUAAGAGUAGCUAAUAUUUGUCAUUUGUUCCAUAUUCUGCCCUUACCACUGUGUGUACGCCCAGUCAUCAAAAUAAAGUGACACCAUGAUAUUUUCUCCACCCCUUUAAAAAUGGAGGAGCGGGAUGUCGACAGACUGAAUCACUUGACUGAGGCCACACAGCUGUUAUGUGGUGGAAUCAGGUGUGAUACUUCUGCAGCCUGAACUCCGUCUACUCUUCUGUUCAGGCCAUCUGUAGCUUGAGCUGGAGUUUUCAGAGUGCCUGACAUUAAAUUAAAAUGCAAACCCACGUCAAAUAAAACAUAAUUAUCUUAAGAUUGUUUGCUUUAAAAAAAAUAAAUAAAUAACAUGUCCCUCUAGUGUAGAGUGAGUAGCCACGUGCUUUCUGCUUCUUGCUUACUAACAUUCAAUACCUGUGUAUAGUCACAGCUCAGCAGCCUUGCUGGCAUAGUUAGCAGCCUGCUGUAAACAGUGCAGUCUAGGUUGUCUCUUCUUACUUACUAGAAAAUAAGAGUCCCAUUUCUGAAUAGGAACUUAAAAAGUUCACAUUCAGCAUCUUCACCCUCCACACACUAAGCUUUAUUUGCAUAUCCAAGAAAAGGUGAUCAUCUGUGGUAACUGCCCUGUUUACUGAAUAGGGGUGUGUGCUGUCAUAGAUAGGAGGGGCGGGUCCCACAGUUAAAGCAGUCAUAUGACAGAGAUCCUGGAACCCUUACGUAGCCACUGUUUUAUUUUACUUAAUAUUUUAUUUCAUUAUGUCGAGCGUCAUAAAGCUACAUUAGCAAACAUACUGUUUUUCCUGAAAAUAUUGGUGUCCUAUUUAUUUUAGAAAACUGUCUGGGGGUCUGGGUGUAGUAGGAGAGAGUUGAGUGUUUGACAUCUGAUCUCUGGCAGAAUGUCUGCGCACUGCACAUACAGUCGUAUCAGAUGGUAGAGACUGUUUCUAAAACAGCUCAGGGUGGAUGUUUGCUUCUGAUUAGCCUGUGUGUGUAUUGGAUGAAUGAGCACUUGCGAAGUCAUGACCAUGUGUUUGCUGUCAUUUAAACUGCCAAUCCAAUCUGAAUAUACAGUGGGCACCUAAGCAGAGUUCUUUUCCUCUCAAGAGAAUCAUUGUAACCGUACUCAGUUCCUUCCUGACACUUGUGAACUUGGCCCACGUCUGUGUUCCUGAGGGCUACACGAUUUGGUUUUAAGAGAGUUUCUGAUGUCAAGCACCCUUCAGCAUCACAAACUCUUUUGUAAAAACUGUUCAUACAGUCGAGCAGCUGCUGCCGUCUGUCCCAGUCAGAGCAACCCAGUCCUGCCAGUUCCAGUUCCAGUUCCAGCUCCAGCUUCACGCCGUCUCAGACCAGGCAGCAAGGUCCUUUAAGGUCGAUCAUGAAAGAUCUGCAUUCCGAUGACAACGAGGAGGAGUCUGAUGAGGCCGAGGACAAUGACAAUGACUCUGAGAUGGAAAGACCUGUAAACAGAGGGGGAAGCCGAAGUCGCAGGGUCAGCUUGAGUGACGGCAGUGACAGUGAAAGCAGCUCUGCCUCUUCCCCUCUCCAUCACGAACCCCCACCGCCAUUAUUGAAAACUAACAACAACCAGAUUCUUGAAGUGAAAAGUCCAAUAAAACAAAGCAAAUCAGAUAAGCAAAUAAAGAAUGGUGAAUGUGACAAGGCUUACCUAGAUGAGUUGGUAGAACUCCACAGAAGGUUAAUGACACUGAGGGAAAGACACAUUCUGCAGCAGAUCGUGAACCUUAUAGAGGAAACUGGACACUUUCAUAUUACAAAUACAACAUUUGAUUUUGAUCUUUGCUCGCUGGACAAAACUACAGUCCGUAAAUUACAGAGUUACCUGGAGACAUCUGGAACAUCCUGAGGGUACAACAACUGGACGCAUCAAAAACUAUUUUUUUUUUUGGUUGUGAUUUUUUUUUGUCGUUGUUGUUGUUUAUAUGAAAACACUCAGAAUGAUACAACCAAAAGGGAAAAAAAAUAAAAACAAAACAACCUUCAGCUUUACUUUUCUUUAAAGCCAGUCAUCAUCUCUUGAUAAAGGAGAGGUUACCUAAACCAGCCUCAGCGGACACUCCUCUGCAAGGAAAAAUGCCCAGGAAGAAUUAGCCUGGAUAGCCUUCAAAACAAGCAGACACAACACAAGAACACUUAAAGAAUGUGUAUGGUACCGUGGAUCUCUCUGUGGUGGUUCAUUCCACAGGAUGAAUGCAUAUUCAACACACUGCCUUAUUACAUAACUGAUCUAUUUAUUACCACAUACAGAUAAAUUGUGAGGGAGUGACACCACCAGACGUCCCAGGUCCUCGGUCCCGCGGAUGCUCUUUUCAAUGCAGCGCCCUUGCCGUCCCAAGCCCAGUGACCUUAUUCGUAUACCGAGCCACUUUCCACCAACUCUUCCCAAGUCCUUUAACUUGUUGCAGUCUAUGGUUUCCACCUUUGUUUUCCCAGUUCCGAGACAUAGUGAUCAACUGGGGGGACCAAAUAGCCACCUUGAUUUUCUUCCUUGUGGUCUUCUUUCCUAAAGGUUGAGGCCCAGUCCUUGGCUGUAUCCAUGUAAUGAUCUUGGACACGGUAGGUGUACCAAGUAGGAUCAUUUGAAUUGCUGUCUAGCCUUAGUCAAUAAACCUGUAGGACUUUGAACAAAAAUGUUCCCGUGAUGUCCACAGUCCAGCAUUGUUGAGCUGUCACCAACACUCCAUUUUACUGUCUCCAUUUACUGUUGCAAUAUGAGGUGAAGACGGAGGUUAAAGGCAUUCCGCAGACUCAGCGUUUUUAAAGGAAUUCUGGUCCUGUUUUCAAAACCAUCAGUGUAGACGUUCUUAAUUUGGAUCUAUUUAUUAGUGAGCAUUUCACCUGUCUUCAGCAGCUGGUGUGGUACUCAUUUCUUCUUAAAAACAAAACAAAAACAGGAGUCAGAAUUUUCUUUUUGGUUUGUUCUCAUAUGAUUCUCCUAGACUCUUUUAUUUUUGAAAAAUUAAAACCUUUCUUUGGGGGAGAAUUGUUGGUUAUCCUGCCCUGACAGACUAUGUAUUCACUUGUAGAUUUGGUAACUUUGUAUCUGUGUAGUCUUGCUGAUGUCUGCAGAAGGAUUUCUGUAUAGGUGAAAGGUGAAGGUGGUUGGGAGGGGGAGUUUCUUGUCCUUGUUGUACCUUCGUUUUGAAACUAGAAAUCUGUCCUGUGGCAUGCAAAAGAAGGCGAAUUAUUUUCAAAAGAAAAAAGAAAAAAAAAAAACCCAAAGUACUUUUGGUGUCAUUAUUCCACACUCUCUGUAGUGGAGGAAUUCAAAGUUAGAACAGCCGACUUUCCAAGUUGUUACGAGAACGCAACUGAAAAGAAAAGGAAUGAAGAAGACUUCUGGAUCCAAAGCCUUAAGAGAGUCUACGUGUGCUAACAGCCUAGUGUCCCCCACAUCUGUUCCCGUGACAGAUGCUGUCCUUUCAUUCAGAGAUUAACUAGUGUCUGUACAGAAAAUGGUCUUCCCAGACCCGUUCUUUCAGGCGGUGAUGUAAAUGCAGAUUAAUAAUGGAGCGGUUUCUGCAUUUUAAAAAGGAGAUUUUUUUACACUGUUUCUUUCUAUCCAAAGAAACUAUUUUUUUCUUUUUUAAAAAAAAAAAUAUGAUAAUACAGCCAUGGUCUUUGUAAAUUGCUUUCCUGCAGUGUCCUCCUGGAGGACAAGUGUACACAUUUUCAAGAAUGUUCCGGUUCCUCAUGGUGAUGGACAUGAGCCGUACUUGAAGCUUUUGGUGUGUCGUCCACUUCUUGGUGUACAGAUGCAUAGACACGAAUCAUGUCGUUUUGGACAGUAGGCGGUUGGUGAGCUGUGUGCUUUUCGUUGUGUUUCGUUUCUAACUUCACAGUUGAAAAGAGAAAUAAUGUUUCAACAUCCAGAAAUCUUUUUAAAUUUCUGUCUGCAAUCCCACAUAUUCUCAUUAAACUAGAAAAGUAAGUGGUUUAACUAAUGUAUCUGUAUAAUUUAACUAGAAACAUGCAGUUUGGGCCAUUUUUAUUUUUAUAACCAAAUUGAGUGGCGAAAUAAAUACUUUGGCUUCUUUUAUUCCUGAAGUUACAAAGACCAAGAAACUAAGGUAAGAAGUUACCCUCCCCUCGAUGCCCAAAGAAAUAAAAUUUAAAAGAGGGGUAAGAGGAAAGGCAGCUAUUGUAAUGAUAACAUUAGGGCUAGAAAAUUAGCUAAUACAGAUGUCUUCAGUAUAUCAUGAAAUAAAAGUUUGUACAUGGGUAACAAAAUUCAGAACAGCGAACUUCUUACCUGGACAGCAAAGUUAGCUUCCUGUCAGCUCCUGGUAGUUUAGGAGUUGUAGCUACAGAGCCACUCUUUCGGAUGUCCUCCUGCUCCUGGCACAUGGUUUGAUAAAACAGAAGUCAUGAAUUCCCUUCAGUUCCACUCAAGGAUGUGCCACAUUUCUCCAGAAGCAAACCACUCCUGCCACAUCUAUGUGCACUCACUUUUGGACCCUGUUAAGAAUAUUUUGACACAUGUGUACCCUAACAGUGGCUUUGGUUUUUUAAGCACAAAGGGGGAAUGGCAGGGUUUAACUUCUUUAGUGUGUAUAUGUAUAUAUAAAUAGGUGUUUCAAAUAAAAUUAAUUGGGUGAAUGUGAAUAAGUUUGAACCAGCAAGAGUAUAAUAAACUAUCAUUAAAUUUUUUUCUUCUAAAAACUAUAUGUACAGACCACACACACACACACACACACACACACACACACACACACACACACUUUUGGUUUUGUGUAAGUGUGUGGAGGGCCCCUUCUGUUGUCAGAUACACUGAUCGUGUUAGCAGGAAUGUAUGAAGUUACUUCAUAUUGUCACUGCCCCCUCUUUUAAGUAACAUAGAUACACUGUGUCAAGAUUAGGGAGAACAUUAAAAAGAAAAGAAAAGAAAAGAAAACCAGGAGAUGAGUUUCAGAUAAAAAAACAUUUUAAAAGUUGCAACGAAAUCUCUAAUCUGAGUAAUUACCUGUUUUAAGGAAAGGGCCAAUAAAUUUGGGGGUUUUAUUUUUCCUUUAUCAAAACCAGUUUUUGCUAAUACCUUUUGCAGUCUGAUCCUAACAUCAAACAGGCCUGUAUCACAUCCCGUUUACCAUCCCAAGCCCUACAAAUGUAGUUAACACACUUGUUUAAGAGCAAUUCAGCUCUUAAUUGCUUUCACCCUACCUAUGUAACGAGUUGGUUGUCCAGUGUUGAAAUGGUCGAUGUCUGUGUUUGGCGACUUCUGUUCAUUCUUCUCACUGUGGAAGUGGUCAGCUCUAGAGUAAUUUGCUGUAUGCUUAUUAUUUUCCACCUUUAGCGUUUUGUGUACCAAUGCUAUGUAUUCCUAUAUUUAUAUAUAUACAUAUAUUAUCAGAAUAAUCUUGCUUUGGACUGUUGUUCUCAAACUAUGACUAUGAUGUAGAGAUGACUACAGCUGCUGAGAAUGUGGCGGAAUCAACUCCCACGGCGUAGGUUAAUCUUGGGCUGGAAGUCUACAUCUUUCAACCUCCUCUGUUUUAUAUGAUGCUUUUUAUUCUGUAGGCACUGCCAUCCUGAAUAUUCCUUGUAAAGAUGCAGUCAAUUUCAAAGGAAGACAAAGCCACUGCUGUCUGUACACUGUAAAUAUGUACUUUGGCACUUGUACUCCAGUAUUCUGAAAGCCGAGCUAUGAUGGAAAUGCUGACAGAUCUUUGAUGGUGGCCGAUGCUACCCUGCAGUGCAAAAAUAAAUUAAGUAAAAGUGUAUUCUGA